CUCUCACACCGCCAGGGUCCCCCUCCACAGAUUCCACUCACUGCCAGCCUCUCCCUCCACAGUGACCCCACUUACUGCCAGCCUCUCCCUCCACAGUGACCCCACUUACUGCCAGCCUCUCCCUCCACAGACCCCCCCCCCUCCACACUCCCAGCCGCUGCUCCUCGGCCACACGUCCUGUUGGAUCCAACUCCUUCCUCUCCGCAACGGGAACACGGCUCCGGGCAGACAUGUCUGUGCUCAAGAUUCACGCUCGGCAAAUUUUCGACUCCAGAGGGAAUCCCACAGUGGAGGUAGAUCUAUACACACACAAAGGGCUCUUCCGGGCGUCUGUACCGAGUGGCGUCUCCCGCGGAGCUCACGAGCCCACGGAGCUGAGAGACGGAGACAAGACGCGAUUCCUCGGACAAGGCGUGUCCCGUGUGGUGAAGUACAUCAAUCAAUACAUUGGUCCUGCACUCUGCAGUCAGGACGUUAAUGUCAAGGAUCAGGAGAAGAUCGAUGACCUCCUCGUCGCGAUGGAUGGAACCGCUAACCUGUCUCGGUUCGGGUGUAACGGUCUGCUGGGGGUCAGCGUGGCUGUGUGCAAGGCUGGCGCGGUGGAGAACGAUGUGCCGCUGUACAAACACAUCGCCCAUCUGGCGGGGAACACCAACCUAGUGCUCCCAGUACCGGUGCUGAACGUGCUGGCGGGGGGCUUGCACGCGGAUGGCGGGGGCGUGCAGGGCCUGCAGGAGGUGUUGGUGCUGCCUGUGGGCGCGAGCUCGCUGCACGACGCGGUGCGGCGUGGCGCCGAGGUGCACCACGCGCUGCACGCGCUGCUUCGCGAGCGCCAAGGGGUGGGCGCCACCAACGUGGGUGACCAGGGCGCGUUCUCGCUCAGCCUGCCCUCCGCACGCGAAGCGCUACAGCUGGUGCGUGAGGCUGUGCAGCGCUCGGGAAACCAGGACGCAGUGGUGCUAGGUAUCGACGCGGCAGCAUCGGACCUGCACGUGCAUGGGAUGUACCGCAAACGCACACAGGAGGAAGGGCAGGAGGAUUCCCUAAUCUCAGCAGACACUUUGGCUCAGAGCUACCGAGACCUCGCCAAGGAUUUCCAAGUGGUGUCGUUUGAAGAUCCGUUCGACCAAGAUGACUGGACAGCCUGGUCUAAAUUCACAGAGUCUGGAUCGUUCCAAGUGGUGGGAGACUCUCUGACCGUGAGCAGUGAGUCACGCGUGGAGCUGGCGGCUGGACAGCGAGCGUGCAACAGCCUCACGCUGUCACUUACUCACACGGGGACGCUCACGCAGACCAUCCGCGCGUGGAGGGCUGCUCGCCGGCACGGGUGGGGAGUCGUGGUGAGCCACCGCUCCGGGGAGACUGAAGAUCCCUUCAUCGCAGACCUUGCCGUAGGCCUCGGAGCCGGACAGAUCAAGACGGGUGCUGCGUGUCGCUCCGAGAGGCUGGCGAAAUACAACCAGCUCAUGCGAAUUGAAGAGGAGCUCGGCUCGGAGGCAAAAUACGCUGGGAGGAACUACCGCAACCCACAUGCCGGCUGAACUACCACACAGUGAACUACAAACCCCACUUACACAGUGAACCACCACAUACACAGUUAACUACAAACCCCACACACACAGUAAACUACAACACAGUAAACUACCAACCCCACUCACACAGUUAACUACAAACCCCACUCACACAGUGAACUACAACACACACAGUUAACUACAAACCCCACUCAACCAGUGUACUACCACACAGUGAACUACCACACACAUUGAACUACAAACACCACUCAUAACGUGAACUACCACAGUUAACUACAAACCCCACUCAACCAGUGUACUACCACACACAUUUAACUACAAACCCCACUCAUAACGUGAACUACCACAGUUAACUACAAACCCCACUCAACCAGUGAACUACCACACAUAGACCAAACAACCGCAAACCAAACCACCACAAACCACACGCAGUAUGCAUGAACUACACGCUGUGGCAGGGUUGUCCAACUCCAGGCCUUGCGACCCACCACAAUAAACCUGUGUUUACUGCGAUCAAAUGCAACGUGUUUACAGUUGUUUCGGCCUCUCAACAACUGGCCUGGAUUCAAUUGCCAACUCGGGCACUUAUCUCUGUGUGGCACUUCUAUGUUCUCCCCGUUCUGCACGUAUGUUGAACUUUUCGCACCGUACGUAGCCAACUGUGCUCAUCGGAGGUCCAUGUGUUUUCCUCCAGGUUGUCCAGUUUCCUCCCAUAGCGGGGGAAUAAAAGCAUACAAUUUGAACAGUGCUGUGCAACCCUGCAGCCACACCUCGUUACAAACAUAUAAAGGUCCCCCCAGUGACAACUGUCUGUACGGUACAGAGGGACUCGGCACCUGGAAUGCAAGCCGGCAUUAGUCUGUCAGGAGGUGAUGAUUGCUUUACCAAUAGAGUAAUUUUUCGGUAUUAUUUUGAAUUUGGCAAAUUUGGACCAUGACACUGGAAGUGGCCUACUCAUUUCAAAUCUCAAGGGCUCGUUAACGUCCACUGUUAAGAGGACGGAAUCUGUGUGGUUAAUACACCCACGGUAAUAACCAAGAUGGCCCGUCGGAUUCAAACUGCAAACCUCUGCGACAAAGGAGCAGCCAUCCUACUGCUGGGCCAUGUCACCGUCAAAUCAUGUACAAAAUGACAGAUGAGAAAAUAUUGCAUUCUUACGAAUCGAUGUUAAUAGACAAGUCGAAGCAUCAUGACAGGAUGAGUAAAUGCAAUUAAUGUGAGAGCUCUGAAUUUGGAUGGUGCCGUCUACGUCAACAUCACGUGGGUCUUGUUUAGAGAUCAUCAGACACGUGCAACGUGUAACAAUCUCCUUGGUAUUUGAACGGAGAUUAAUUUGUAUUCGAACGGUGGACACAGGGGGGGCUGGUAGAGGGAAACCUGGGUUGUUUCGUUGCACGUCAGCAUGGAUUUUAAUAACCUACUUGCUAGUGAUAUUGGACUUCCUAUGCGGCUGGAGCAGUGGGGGGGGGGUUCCUGUAAGAAUAUGCCUGUUGUAGCAUGUGGCGAGACAAAGUGGCUGGGCAUGCGGUGCUGACCCCACCACCCUUGUGGACGUUCGUUUCUGGCCUUAAUAGGCUCUCGCCAAUAGAAUUUGUUUAAUCGUCUCUUAUUGGGACGAAACGGGGGAACUGCGCGUGCGAGUAAUGAUUCUUUCAAUCGUUUUCACGAGGGCUGAAACAAUUCAAUUGAUAAAGGAAUUUAUUGCCAAGGAAUUAUAGUCUUGUUACAAACACGGCACCAUAAUAACAGGCAUAACUACUCAAGAUAAUAACAAAAACAAAGUUGAUCAGAUGUCACGUAACAUUGAAAUCAUACCCCCGGCUGUGAAACGCAUGAAAAACUCUGUUAAUACGAAUAGAAAUAAAGCCAGAUUCUAACUUA